AUGACGGCUGGAGUGGAGCCUAGCGGCGCUGGACGACCGAGACCUUCAUUGCGAGGGCCGAGCGCUCCACCGACGGGGACGCCGCGCCGGGGUCGCCGUGGGAGGGGGGCCGCCGUGGCUGCAGCGCUCGAGCUUCACGCCCGCGCCGGGGUGGCCGCAGCCACCAUGCUUGCGCUCGCUGCCCGCUCCAGGGUGGCCGGAGCCGCCACGCUCGCAACGCCGGUCGCGCCGGGGAUGUCCGAGACCAGAGAGGCCGGGGUCGCCGCGCCCGUACCUCGCCUGCGCCAGGGUCACCAGGAACGACGCGCACGCACCCCUUCCGCGCUGGGGCUGCUGGCCCACCGGGCCGCGUCGGGAUGA